GAACUCAACACACGUGUCCACAUCAUAGUAAUUAUUGAUGUACGGAAAUCAAACUCUUGCGUCUUUAUAAGAUCAAGAUAAGUUCAAGCUGUGUCAUUAAUUUCUGAGAGUGAGGUUCAGUCUCGGAUCUGAGCAGCUGGCCAGCAAUGGGGGAGAAGAAAGUUGCGAUAAUGGUGUUGAAGGUUGAUCUUCAGUGUGAGAAGUGCUACAGGAAAGUGAAGAAAGUGCUGUGUAAAUACCCUCAAAUACAAGACCAGGUGUAUGACGAGAAGCAGAACACAGUGACGAUCAAAGUGGUGUGUUGCAGUCCUGAGAAGAUCAUGCAAAAGUUAUGCUGCAAAGGUAUUAAAUUUUAUUGUCCACCGCCACCUGCACCUCCACCUCCGAAGCCGAAACCCGAGAAGGAGCCAAAAGAGCCCGAGAAGCCAAAAGAGCCCGAGAAGCCAAAGGAGCCCGAGAAGCCAAAAGAGCCCGAGAAGCCAAAAGAACCCGAGAAACCAGCCCCAGCCCCGUGCUCCCCGCAGAACCCUGUGAGAGUGUGUUGCAGGGAAUGCUCCGAAGGGCAAGGAGGGGGGCCAUGUUACCAACUAGGAUACCGUGGACCGCCGAUAUGCUAUGAUGGAUACUACGGGAGACCGGUGUAUGAUAGCUGGGCUGGUGGCAGGGGCGGUUGCUAUUGUUAUAGAGGCAAUCGAUGUGAUUGCUUUUGCGAAGAAAAUCCUAAUGCAGCUUGCAGAAUAAUGUGAAAAUUAAUGGAGGUGCAUGCAUGAUUUGUCGUUGCCCCUUUGGUUUGGUUCUUAGUACAAAAUUAUUGUAAAAGAUAAAAACAAGGUUAUUAAUAAGAUAAUACUUUUAUCAAUCGGCAAAA